AUGGCAACCCUCAACACCACUCACUGGAACGAGACUACAUCAAUUUCCCAGUAUCUGGGCUUUCAAGUGCAAAAAAUUUACCCUUUCCAUGAUAACUGGAACACUGCCUGCUUUAUUAUUCUGAUCAUAUUCAUCUUUACUGUAGUUUCUCUGGUGGUGUUGGCUUUCCUCUAUGAACUGCUAGACUGUUGCUGCUGUGUGAAAAAUAAAACUGUGAAAGACUUGGAGAAUGAACCCAAUCCUGUCAGAGCAAUGAUGAACAGCUUCAGAAAGCAUGAAACAGAGGUGGUGUAGGAAGGACUGCGCAUCAGCACUUGAAGAACGUUAAACACCUUGAAUGAAGCCUCUUGUAUCUUACAAAUGAGCAAGUCACAUGCUUUUUUUUCUUUUGGACUUAAAUAUAACAGCAACAGUUAUCAUUUUACCUCUGGAUGUGAACUUGAGUAAUUGGCAAAGGAUUUCCGAGUGCUUAGCAGAAGGAUAAUCUGUUGCAAUGUUAUGGGGGGGAGAAAAGAUAUUUGUUUUCAAAUGAACUUUUGUUGUUUAUAUUGAAUUACUAGCAUAGAUCUUUGUCUACCUGAACAAACAAAUGUUGCCUAACAUGCAUAAAACUAUGUUGCUUAACUGGAGAAAAUAUUUAUAAAAACACUCAACAAUCUGAUCAUACAUACUGCAAAGACACAGCAGUGCCCUCCCACUGAGGUCAACCACACAGAUAUAAAAGGGGUGAGAAAAAAGAUACGAGAUAGAAGGGUUGCAUGGCGAGAGAUCCCACGAGACAGGAGACACUUGUGUGAAUUCUUGCCUUUGACA